AUACAGUCGACCGCACGUCACCUUAAAGUCUUCAAAAACGUCUCUAUUUCAAUGGAAUAAGCGCGUUCUUGAUUAACAAAAGGAAUUGAAAUGCGGUGGGCUGUAUACCAUAAGUUAUCGCCAAUAUUCGUAAUUAAAAACGUAAUCCUUUUAUAAUAUAAAUGACAUGUUUUUAUAGUGUCUGAGUGAAUAUCGUCGUUAUGAAUGGUAUCAGUAGAGUUUCGAUAGUUCUUUUGGUUUAUGUGUUUCUCGUAAAAUGUGAGCGAAUCAGGCCUCAGGUGUCAUCUUAUACUAGUGAGGCAGACUCGGAAUGGGAUAGAAAGACUGGGAGAGUGCCAGCCACUGUAUUUAGGACUGUGAAUAAGUUUUACUGUUCAAUCGAUUCUAUUGUUGAAGGUAGCCAUUUAAUUGUGUACGGGACCAAAGGCUGGACGUUCAACGAACAAGAUGUGAACCUAACUUUGAGCUACCCUCCAGUUAGAGAUGAGAUGAGUCUACCUCCUGUGGAGGAGUACAUAAUAACUGGCUUCAGGGUGUACCUCUACAGCGAUGGUGAUGAUAUCCAGGGGUUUAUCAUUGAUGGAGGGGUGUUACAGGAGAAGAUAAUGUUAUCGUUUGUGACGAGCAGAGUGACGUCACUGAAAUACAUGUUCUGGGUGUACGGAGCAAGGAAAGACAUAUCAGGCAUAGAUCUCAACAACCAAUACCGUUUGUGUACAUAACAAUAAAAUACUAAACUAGUAAACAUAUAUUAAUUACAACUCCAUUUUACAAAAA